UUUAAUUAAAUAAUAGUUAUGAUUAAUAAUAGAGGACUUUAGUAGCCUGUAUAUUUUAACAUUCUUAAUGGGUUGUUUGCUAUUAGGUAUCUCCAAAACGGCGAAACGGAUUUUGAUGAAAUUUGGUGUAAAUGCAGAACGCAGUCUGACAGAAAACGUGACCUACCUUAUGAAUUCCGGAAACGUGUACGGGAAUACCCGUGGGAUAUAUUUACUUUUACAUAUUUACUUGAUAAGUGUUGUGCGUUAUACUUCAAUAUUUCUUAUUGAAAUUUGGAACAAACAUAGAACAUAGUCUUAAAUUGCACAUGGGAUAUUUUUAAAUCCCGAAAAAUAUCAGGUUCACGUGGGACAUACAUUUCUAUAUAUUUAAGCGAUAGCUCCACUACGGUUUAUCACAUCUUACUGAAAUUUGACGCAAAUAUAGAGAACAGUCUCGCAUAAAAUAUGGGUUAUAAUAUCGCAGUUGUAUGUGGGCAGGUGGUUGCAAGUGCUUGUAGGUGCAUUGAGGUGGUUGUAGGUGAUAGCAGGUGGUUAUCGUUGGUUACAGUUGGUUUUGGGUGAUUGCAAGUGGAUGCAGGUUGAUUGCUGUUAGAUGCUGCUGAUUAUAUUUGUAUGCAGGUAAUUGUGGACGGAGUUUUUGAUGCCAUUCAUUAUUACUUAUAUUAAAAAUUAAAAUACUUGAAAAUGUAAAAAGUGACUUUUAUUGAUACUGGCGUACUUUAAACAAAGAUUGUUAAAAAUUUGUCAAUUUGUCUGUGUGUUUGUGGGCGUUAAUCUAAAAAACGGCUUAACCGAUUCGGAUAUAGUUUUCACUAAUGUAUUGUAGUAAGCGUCAUUUAAUGUUUAGGGUCAGUAUAGUAUAUAAAAAAAUUGUUUCAAGUAUAAUGUUCAUUUUGGAGAUUGUGAUUUUCUAUACAAAUCUUAAUCCAAGGCGGAUGAUUGAUAGAUUUUGGUGUUUUAGAAACUUAAAUUUUUGGCAUGAUAUAUUUAUGGGUGUAACUACAAGGCGCGAGGCUCCAUGGAGCGCGAGACCGUGGGCGUCCGCCCAUACCACCCACUUUUCCUUUAAUUCCUAACGGAACGCUUAUCAACACUUAGUAUAAUUUAUUACUGAAAUAAAGACAAGUAGUUUUGAGGAUCUAUAGGGAUUUUAGGCAUCGGUAUUUUGUUGACGUCCAUGGUAUAAAAUGUAAAGAUAAAAUUCUUUACAUCAAGCGUAAAAAGUUUCACAAAACUUUAUUACACACGCAAUGAUCACACGUUAGCCUACUGUGAAAAUUAAGCCAACACAGUAAGAUUUAUAAAACUUGUGCCGCCGACCCCACUUGAGUGGUAUAAGGCCAGGGAGAUGAUGUCACACGCUAUUAUCAACAUGGUCACCAAAUCACCGACGUCCGCAAACUGGUGACUCCACUUUGUCGAUCGAAUGUAUUCGCCUUUAACUUAACUUUAAGCAUAGCCCGAUUUUUUUCACUUGUGCCCAAUACUGCCAAUGUGUCUAACUGGAAGCAUGUGGAAUGCGAGAUGUUUAUUAGCGAGUGUAGCAUGGUGUCGGUGUUGUGUCGUUUGCGGCCUGGUGGCGUGGCGGCGUGGCGGCGUCACGUCACGCCGUCGGGCAUCGUGGCGCGGUUCGACGGUGGAGCGAUCGAUAGGGCGGUCGCGGCGCUGCAGUCGUCGACGACGAACCGCCCGCCUUCGGUAGCCCCCGUGAUUGUUCGCCGUUCUCCGGCACUCCGGCACUCCGGCACUCUGGCGUUCGCCCGCGCCGUGACAAGACGCGACGAUGCGCGGCGACCGCGCCGCUCGUGAUACGCGCCAUAACAAGGAUCACGAAAACUUAAAGUCUUCACUCAAAAAAGGAAACAAACCCAAAAAAAACAGGGUUGUUUUUGAUGAGAGUGCAAACGAAUUUUUUGAAGCUGAUUAUAUUAUUGUAGUCCGAGAUGAGUGCGGAUAUUCUGAUGAGGAUGAAAACGAGGAAUGCUCGGGAUGUGGUGCAUGCGAGCGAUACCAGGAGCAGGAGCCAGGGGCCCUCAGCCCGCCCGAGGGUUACAAAGACAUGGGGCUGUUUAAUCGCGACGGGACGCUGCGGGAGCAGGCCUGGUGGGAGGCUGGUGAUGUACUGCUGGUGGGCGAACGCUCUGGCACGGUGUUUACGCCGCAACACCUGCAGCUGCUGCGUCGGCUGCAGCGGGAACGCAUGUUGCGCUCUGCGAUCUGUGCCGACUGCGACGCACACGCAGCUCUACACCAGCCACUCGAUAUCGACUACAACUUCGAAGAAGAAGAUACAAGUGACGUAGAUAAAGAAUUGCGUCCUGUAGUACGUCGUACCGCGAAGCAUAUUGCCGCUGGAGAGGAGAGACCUAGGAUCAAUUCCAGUCAACAGACAACACCCAUUGACGAAUGCCCUCCAGAGACAUGUGUUGAAGAAACUCAAACAGAUCCACCAGCACCUCUUACAAGCGAAGAAAGUGAUGCCCCCGAUAGUGAGGGUAAACUGUCAACCGAAAGCUCACCGCUACGCCGCCGUCGAGGAGGCAUUCUCAAGGGGGGACGGCUGUGGAAAUCCCUUGACGCUGAUAAGGACUUCAACGAACAAAACGACGAUCAGAGAUCAACAACAACUGCCAGCGAUGAAGACGGCUCAGUCACGCCCAGGUCUGUCCGCUUCGUGGAAAGACCUCAGGAGUCCAAUGAGGAAGAGCCGAUUCCACAGACGGAGCCAGAGUCAGUUCAAGAGUCAGACGACGAGACACCCAUCCAGAAAGAAACCACCCCUACCCCUACACAUAGAUUGGAAACACCAUUGAUCCUUACAAUUCAGACACCGAAGACAAACUCAGCUGUCCAACAAUUGUUCAACAGUAACAGGCCGCCGCCGCCCGCCAUUGAACCUCAACUUAUAACUUCUGAAACAUUGAGGGCUUGGGACGCCGGUGUGCGACCGAAAGCAGAAGAUGUGGCUGUACGACGCGUUGCAGAAAGAAACGCUCUUCGUUGUUCAUUACUGCGCAGCGAGGCAAGGAAGAAACAACAAGCAAAGCAAGAAACAACAUCGCUGGCUGAACGUAUACGUCUUCUCACUUGUGACGUAGAAGACGAGCCCGCCGAAGACCGCGCAUCACCAGCCACCGUCAGUGUUGAUAAAUUAUCUAACAGCAGCGACAAAUCCAGCGACAAAUCAUUCACAAUGGAUAAGAACAGUGAGAAAGCAUUUGGAAGCGCUUCCUCCAGCUCGUCAUCUUCUACUUUGUCAGCACCAAUGCUCGUACGACAGCACCCACCGGAUCUGGGUGACGUUCAUCAAGAACAACCAAAGCCAAGACCGGAACCUCGACGUCAAUUCCUGUCUACACUAGCGCCGCUAACAGCGUGUGUUGGGAGUGCCGCUCACCACGAGGGUUUCUACUACAUGGCACCGGGAGACAGGAACUCGGCAUCAGCUGCUACUAACAUCGAUUACAAAAAUCAUAAUGAUGCUCCAGCACCGGACGUAGUCGCUGGAACUCCUGGCGCCAACGAUGGCGAUGAUGGAUUGGCUGCAUUCGCCAGAGCAACCGCCCCGAGAACUGAGCGCAUUCGGCAACGAUAUGGCCAGGAUUCACAUCCCGUCAGCAGUGAUGAUGAACAUGAUGACUACGGUUUCCACCGUCGACCUGCGGUCCGAGGCAUCGCCGUGAAGCAACAGCUCGGAACAUCAACUGAUAUGCUGCAGCAAAUGCAGAAUGAGCUGCAGCCAACAUCAAGCACCGCUGUCACCCAUCAUCAACCACACGCGUGCCAACGCACCAGUUCCACGUACUCUUGGCCGUAUUACUCUGAAGCUAAUCUUAAUUCAAGGCCGCAAAGCCGAACAAGCACUAAUACUAAUUGGAUGAAGCCAACAGAUUACGUGUCUUCGCGUCAGUGCAGCAACACCGCGAUGCCUCAGCAACAGCAUUCGGAAAUGUGUCAUGCUCACGCCCAGAACAUGCUGCCGCCCUAUCCGCAGUACCAACAGCGACAACACGAAACUGUGUUCAGGAACUGUUCCCUUUACGCUAAUAUCGGGUGUUCCGACAGCAGUCAGGAGUUGUAUAGCUCGCAGACGAGCUCCGAGCAGACGUCGCCGGUGCGUGCGGCGUCACGCUGCCGACGACCGGAGUCCCCGCCGCCUAUACGCAGCCACCACCAGCUGCUCUACGUGCCCUACAGCAGCCACCAACACUACCAACACGAAUACCCAGCACAUUGGCCGCCUAACGACUAUAACCGACAAAUGCAAUCGUACUACCAGCAACAAGCUCGCAGUGGCGCUAGCACGCCGCAGCCUAAUGUCGCCCUCCAGCAACGGGCACAUUACAGCCACGCUCUACAAUUGCAGAACUUAUGCCCAGCCCCGGCAAGAUACAGGCCAGUGCCCGCUCCGCAACCCGGCGGUGGAAAACAAAUGAUCUGUUAUUCAGAAAAGGUGGCGCCACCACUGUAUCAGCCGGCUCCCGGUUCGCCGUCACGAGUGUCCCGCGCGGCGCCAGAGGGCGCUGCUUCCUCCUCGCAAGCGCCCUCUGCUACCUCACCACUGGCGCAGCCACCGAACCCGGUUUACUAUGCUAUGAACGUCUGACGGGGUGAUUAGAUGAAAAUCGUGGUAUCCUGCCAACAUAGCCUCAUCCAGUAGCCUUUGCCAUGCAGCGGAACUCGACAGAUACAGAAAAAUGCAAACUACACUUUCGUCAUAUGUAAUGUAUUUUAAAUGUUUAUAAUAUUAUCUCCUGUCGGUUUCUAUAACUGAGGUAAAUAUGCUCGAUUCAAAAGCGAAGAAAUAUAAUAAGUUAAGUACAUGAAAAAAAAAUCGAUGUGAAAAUUAAAUGUUGUAAUACGUAGUCGAAAGAAAUAACUGCAAUUUAUAGAAUAUUCUUUGUUAUAGCGUUAAAAUACGUAAGAAUUCAUGGUUGAGUAUUGCUGCAACCACACUAUGGAUGGAAUCUUAAUUACUUCCUUCAACUAAUAUCUAUACGAAGUUUUAUAAAUACAUUUGCCUAACAAUACUUUUCUAUUAAUAAUAUAUUUAUAUAAUGAAUAUUUAAGACGUUUCAUGGAGAACAAAUAAGCAAUUUUCAUUUAAAAACUAUCCAAAGAUAUAUUCCAAAUAUGUAUUAAAUCGAUAGCCAAAAUAAACAGUCCAAAGAUUAGAUAUUAAACUAUGUUUACGGGUUCGAACCAAAGAUAAAUGCCUUCUAAUUUUAA